AUGCCGCAUGGAGGUGGACAACAUGCUGCUCCACUGGGCAGUUACGAGCACCGGGCAGUAGUGCCUGCACACAAUGCAAGGCAUCAGCAUUAUCAUGCAGAACAUUACUGGUAUGACACGAAACGCCAGCUGCAACAAGAGCAGCCCUAUGAAUCAAUUCCCCGACCAGAACAUAAUCAGCAAUCUGGAGUACAACUUCCUCAUAUUCGCCAGGUGCUUGAAGCAUGUGGUCAGCCUCAACCAAAUGAUUCGAAUAAAUUCAUCUAUGGUCCAACUCGGGCAAACGAGGCAGCAUGUGAUCCAAGACCUCUCCCAGCUCAUUCACAGCAGCAACCUUUGCCAGCUACAGCUCCUCAACCACAGAAGCGAGGACAUGAGGAAUUUCAUGGUAACCUCCUCCUGGAAGAUGAUGACAGUGUGAAGAAGAUAAGGAAAACUGAGAAUGACACACCAUUAACUCAGACCGGUAGUGAAGCCCAUGAUAGCAAAGGAUCGAAGCGGAAGGCCACAGCUGCAAAACGGAAGGCAAAGGCGAAGACAAAAAUCGAAGGGGAACAAGCCAUGGCUCACCUUCAAGAACAAAGCCAUUGGUCAGACGAAGACACCAAACUUUUACUUGAAACCCUGCUAGGUGGUGACAGCGAGUUCUAUGAAGGCCUCACUGGCAAUGCUAAACACAUCUUCAAAAAGUCCAUCACUGGCAAUGGUGGUGGUGAUCCUGAUGUUGAAGUCCUUGACGAGAAGAUUGAGAAUGCUCGAACAGCUGGGAAGGAUAUUGGGAACUUAUCUGGUGCUACCUUGAAAAAAUGGUAUGACGAGGGAUGGUAUGCACUGUUCAAUAACAGGCUUGGCGAGCACCCGGGACUUGUGCGAGAGGAGGAUUUUCACUCUGGCAUGAUCUCAGAUGCAAUCAAUAUCAGCAGCGAUGAGGGCAGCGGUGGUGAAAGCAACGACAGUGAUACAGAGAGAAAGAGUAAGCCAAAAGCAGGUCAACCUGCACGCAAAUCAGUUUUGUCUGCAGGUGACAAGAAAGUCAAGCCAACGACACAGAAAGGAGUCCCUGCACCACGGCACAAAUGCAAGGCUUCACAAACUGGUCUUGGCAAUGAAGCUGCUGAGUUUUUCGCGUCGAAUGUCAAGUUCCUGAAGGCGACAGCAGACAGUGACAUUGCACGCUUGAAACUGCUCGAAAAACGCGAGCUCUGA